UGAGUUCUACAAAUAUUGUAGCCUAUUUUCUGGUCUCUGAAAAAUAACUAAUUUGUACCCAUAAUCUCCAGCAUGUCUUUACCUUUCUUAAUAAGAGAAAGACACUACUUCUCAUUUGCAAGUUCAAAUCAUCAUUAAUUUUAUAGUCAAUGAAGUGGGUUUUCGUAGGUCAGGCAUUACCAUUACUGAUCUUACUGUUAAUAUUCUAACCAUAAGUAUUAAAUUACUAAUGGUGAAGAGGGUUUUUCAUUUUUAAUAUAAGCCUCUUCUACUUAUGGGAUAUAUGCCAACUCCAAAGAAAUGUUAGUCAUGUGCUUUUCAGAAGAUGAAAGCUUAAGAUAAAGGCUGAAAGUGUUUGAUGCUGGAGGUGGGAGUGGUAUUAUAUAGGUCUUAGCCAAGACAUGUGAUAGUCACUGUAGGAGAAACUGGAAAGUGAAGUCUGUUGCUCUGCUGCUCUGAUUGAUCAGCCAGCAGACCCUGUGAGGACUAGAGGAAGAAUGCUCCUGGCUGUUUUGUACUGCCUGCUGUGGAGUUUCCAAACCUCUGCUGGUCAUUUCCCUCGAGCUUGUGCCACUUCCAGGAACCUGAUGGAGAAGGAAUGCUGCCCACCAUGGAGGGGCGAUGGGAGUCCCUGUGGCCAGCUUUCAGGCAGGGGUUCCUGCCAGGAUGUCCUUCUGUCCAAUGCACCGCGUGGAGCUCAAUUCCCCUUCACGGGGGUGGAUGACCGGGAGUCUUGGCCCUCUGUCUUUUAUAACAGGACCUGCCAGUGCUCUGGCAACUUCAUGGGAUUCAACUGUGGAAAUUGCAAGUUUGGCUUUUGGGGACCAAACUGCACAGAAAGACGACUCCUGGUGAGAAGAAACAUCUUUGAUUUGAGCAUCUCAGAAAAGGACAAAUUUCUUGCCUACCUCACUUUAGCAAAGCAUACUGUCAGCACAGACUACGUCAUCCCCACAGGCACCUAUGGCCAGAUGAAUAAUGGAACAACGCCCAUGUUUAAUGAUGUCAACAUUUAUGACCUAUUUGUCUGGAUGCAUUAUUAUGUGUCAAGGGACACACUGCUUGGGGGGUCUGAAAUCUGGAGAGACAUUGAUUUUGCCCAUGAAGCACCAGGUUUUCUGCCUUGGCAUAGACUCUUCUUGUUGCUGUGGGAACAAGAAAUCCAGAAGCUGACAGGGGAUGAGAAUUUCACUAUUCCAUAUUGGGACUGGCGGGAUGCAGAAAACUGUGAUAUUUGCACAGAUGAGUACAUGGGAGGUCACCACCCAGCAAACCCCACUCUACUUAGCCCAGCAUCAUUCUUCUCCUCUUGGCAGAUUAUCUGCAGCCGAUUGGAGGAAUAUAACAGCCGUCAGGCUUUGUGCGAUGGAACUCCUGAGGGACCGUUACUGCGCAAUCCUGGAAACCAUGACAAAGCCAGAACCCCAAGGCUCCCUUCUUCAGCUGAUGUGGAAUUUUGCCUGAGUCUUACCCAGUAUGAAUCUGGUUCCAUGGAUAAAGCUGCCAAUUUGAGCUUUCGAAACACAUUGGAAGGGUUUGCUAGCCCACUUACUGGGAUAGCGGAUGCCUCCCAAAGCAGUAUGCACAAUGCCUUGCACAUCUAUAUGAAUGGAACAAUGUCGCAGGUGCAGGGAUCUGCUAAUGACCCCAUUUUUCUUCUUCACCAUGCAUUUGUUGACAGUAUUUUUGAACAGUGGCUCCGAAGGCACCGUCCUCUUCAAGAAGUUUACCCAGAAGCCAAUGCGCCCAUUGGCCAUAACCGGGAAUCCUACAUGGUUCCUUUUAUACCUCUCUACAGAAAUGGCGAUUUCUUUAUUUCAUCCAGAGAUCUGGGCUAUGACUAUAGCUAUCUACAAGAUUCAGACCUGGACUCUUUUCAAGACCUUAUGAAAUCCUUCUUGGAACAAGCCAGUCGGAUCUGGCCAUGGCUCCUUGGGGCAGCUGUGGUGGGGGCUGUCCUCACUGCCAUGGUGGCAGGGCUCACCAGACUGCUGUGUCGUCACAAGAGAAAGCAGCCCAUUGAAGAAAGGCAACCGCUCCUCAUGGAAAAAGAGGAUUACCACAGCUUGUUGUAUCAGAGCCAUUUAUAAAAAGGCUUAGGCAACAGAGUGAGGGUGAAAAGCUCCACCUCACGUUAACUCGCAGUAAUGUACAGGUUCCCAGGAGACAUCCCAACGGAAACCCCUGAUAUUUGUCGGUAAAGACCCUUCUCAGAAUUGUAACCUAAUACAAAGUGUGCCCUCUCUCCAACUUGGACAGGACACACCUAUGUUUGUCUUAUUGUUUUUGCUCAUCCCUUUUUACUAUUUUCCCCAAGCCCGUAUUUCCAAGGAAUGGAUGCUAUUUGGUAACAAGGAACUGUUGCUUAAAUCUGAGUUAAAGCACUCUCAU